AAAACCCGACAAAUUAUCUCCCAUUACCUUUUUUCACAUUAUAUAUACCCACAUACACUCCCCUUUUGUCCAUACAUCAAUUUAAUUAAACAAACAUGACACCCUUUAUCCUCCUCACAGCCUCAAUCUUAUUAUGCUCCAUCACACACCCGAUCCGAGCCGCGGAUCCAGACCAGACCCGGGUCCCACCAUACUCAUGCGACCCGACCCGUGACCCGUCCACUAUAUCCUACCCGUUCUGCAACCCGGGCCUGCCGGUGGAGACCAGGGCCCGGGACCUGGUGUCUCGGCUGACGCUGGACGAGAAAAUAUCUCAGCUGGUGAACAGGGCGGCCGCGAUCCCACGGCUCGGCGUCCCGUACUACCAAUGGUGGUCCGAGGCGCUGCAUGGAGUUGCCAUGGCCCGCGGAGUAGAGAAUGGGGUCUCCUUCAAUUGGACCAUUCGGGCCGCCACUAGCUUCCCUCAGGUCAUACUCACGGCAGCCACAUUUGACGCCGAUCUUUGGUACCGUAUAGGCAAGGUGAUUGGGACAGAGGCUAGAGCCAUAUACAAUACAGGUGAGGCAAUAGGCAUGACUUUUUGGACUCCCAACAUCAACAUUUUCCGAGACCCGAGAUGGGGACGUGGACAAGAGACCCCCGGAGAAGACCCUAUCCUCACCAGUAAAUAUGCCGUCUCUUUCGUUCGAGGGAUUCAAGGCGACUCCAUUCAAGGUGGACAGCUCAAAGACGGACGUCUUCUUGUCUCUGCAUGCUGCAAGCAUUUCACCGCCUACGAUUUGGAUAACUGGCAAGGGAUCAACCGUUUUAUAUUCGACGCCAAAGUGACGAAGCAGGACAUGGCUGACACGUUCCAACCGCCUUUCAAGAGCUGUGUGGAAGAUGGACGAGCAAGCGGGAUAAUGUGCGCUUAUAACAAGGUCAACGGUGUCCCUAAUUGCGCCGAUUAUGAUCUGCUCACUAAAACCGCCCGCAAGGACUGGGGAUUCCAGGGGUAUUCUCGUCAACUCCAAAUUCAUUAUUCAUCUUGUUCAACUUCUCGUAUUAAUUAAUUACUUGAACACGUUGAUGCAAAACGAACAGGUACAUUACAUCCGACUGCGACGCGGUCGGUCUCAUUUACGACGUGCAAAAGUACGCAAAUUCGCCCGAGGAAGCUGUGAAGGAUGUGCUCAAGGCUGGCAUGGAUGUUGAUUGCGGGCCUUACCUAGCCAACCACACGAAAUCCGCCGUCGAGAAAGGGUUCGUUACUGAGCCAGACCUUGACCGGGCCCUUUACAACCUGUUCUCCGUCAGGAUGCGACUCGGGCUUUUCAACGGGCCCCCAAACAAACUACCCUUCGGCAACCUAGCCCGCAACGACAUUUGCACGCCCGAGCACCAAGAACUAGCCCUCGAGACCGCACGUCGUGGCAUCGUUCUUCUCAAGAACUCACCUAACUCACUUCCCUUCUCCAAGUCCGAAAUCAAUUCCCUUCUAAUAGUGGGCCCCAACGCAGAUGCCCCCAAGACGCUCCUUGGGAACUACGCGGGCCCACCGUGCAAAACCAUCACCCCGCUUCAGGGCCUCAAGAAUUACAACGUGAAAAACACCGAGUUCCUGUCGGGAUGCGACUUCGUAAACUGCACGUCGAUUGAUUAUAAAAGUGUCGAGCUGGCGAGGUCGGCCGACCGUGUGGUUCUUGUGAUGGGGCUCGACCAGGACAGCGAGAGCGAGGAGCACGACAGGGAGGAUUUGUUGCUGCCGGGCAAGCAGCAGAGUCUUGUUAUGAAGGUGGCCAAGGCCUCCAAAAACCCGAUCGUGUUAGUCGUGUUGUGUGGUGGCCCGGUCGAUAUCUCUUUCGCCAAGAAUGAGACCAAGAUCGGGGCCAUUUUGUGGGCCGGGUAUCCGGGAGAGGCAGGAGGCAAGGCAAUUGCCGAGAUCAUAUUCGGCGACUACAAUCCAGGUGGAAGGUUGCCUCUAACUUGGUACCAGCAAGAUUUCGUCAAAACACCGAUGACCGACAUGAGAAUGAGGUCCGAUCCGUCAUCCGGCUAUCCGGGCCGAACCUACAGAUUUCACACGGGUCCCACCGUUUUCGAUUUUGGAUAUGGUCUAAGCUACUCAAACUACACGUACGAGUUUGUUUCGGUCAGCCAAACCAAGCUCCACCGGCCAGCAUCUCAGAAGAACUCGAACUAUGUCUUGAUUUCGGACAUAGGCAAUAAAUCGUGCGAAAAGGCAAAGUUGUCGGUUACGGUUAGAGUGGAAAAUCAGGGGAAAAUGGCGGGUACGCACCCGGUUUUGCUGUUCGUAAGGUCCAAACAAGGUGGAAGUGAUGGAGUCCCAAUCAAACAAUUGGUCGGGUUUCAGCCAGUGAGCUUGGGCGCGAAUCAGAAGGGUUCGGUCCAGUUCGAAGUGAACCCAUGCGAGCAGCUUAGCUAUGCUAAUGCGGAUGGGAAUUUGGUGGUGGAGUCAGGGGCUCAGUACUUGGUUGUUGGAGAUCAAGAAUAUCUUGUUAACAUAUAAUUGCNGCAAAUUGUUGUCAUACGUU